CACAUCCGGAUGCCCAAGGUGGAAAAUGUUCGGUUACUUGAUCGUUUAUCUUCAAGAAAAGCUGCACUGGGAACCUUGUAUUUAACAGCUACCCAUGUCAUAUUUGUGGAGAAUGGUUCUGAAACUCGUAAAGAAACCUGGGUUCUUCACAGCCAAAUUUCCUCUAUUGAGAAGCAGGCCACCACUGCCACUGGUUGCCCGUUGCUGAUCCGCUGCAAGAACUUCCAGGUCAUCCAGCUGGUCAUCCCGCAGGAACGAGACUGCCAUGACGUUUACAUAUCUCUGAUACGUCUGGCACGACCAGUGAAAUACGAAGAGCUGUAUUGUUUCUCAUUCAAUCCAAAAUUAGAUAAAGAAGAACAAGAACAAGGCUGGAAGCUUGUGGACCUCAAUGAAGAAUAUAAUCGGAUGGGUAUUCCGAACAACUAUUGGCAGAUUAGCGAUGUAAACAGAGACUACGGAGUCUGUGACUCCUAUCCUACGGAAGUGUAUGUACCAAAGUCUGCGACUGCACACAUCAUAGUGGGGAGCUCUAAAUUUCGGAGCCGAAGGCGUUUCCCAGCUCUUUCCUACUACUGCAAGGAUAACAAUGCCUCCAUAUGUAGAAGCAGCCAGCCUUUGUCUGGCUUUAGUGCUCGAUGCCUUGAGGAUGAACAGAUGCUCCAGGCCAUUAGAAAAGCAAAUCCAGGAAGUGAUUUCAUAUACGUUGUUGACACUCGGCCCAAACUCAACGCAAUGGCAAACAGAGCAGCAGGGAAGGGAUAUGAAAAUGAGGACAACUACUCCAACAUCAAGUUUCAAUUCAUAGGCAUUGAGAACAUCCAUGUCAUGAGAAACAGUCUGCAGAAAAUGCUUGAAGUUUGUGAGCUGAAAUCGCCUUCAAUGAGUGACUUUCUGUGGGGCCUAGAAAAUUCUGGGUGGCUGAAGCAUAUCAAAGCCAUUAUGGAUGCUGGCAUUUUUAUUGCAAAGGCUGUGGCUGAGGAAGGUGUGAGUGUGCUUGUUCACUGCUCUGAUGGCUGGGAUAGGACAGCCCAGGUUUGCUCUGUAGCGAGCCUUCUAUUGGAUCCAUAUUACAGAACUAUGAAGGGAUUCAUGGUGUUAAUUGAAAAAGACUGGGUUUCCUUUGGUCACAAAUUCAACCACAGGUAUGGCAAUUUAGAUGGAGAUCCGAAGGAGAUAUCCCCUGUUAUUGACCAGUUCAUCGAGUGUGUUUGGCAAUUAAUGGAACAGUUUCCUUGUGCCUUUGAAUUCAAUGAGCGCUUCCUCAUCCACAUACAGCAUCAUAUCUAUUCUUGCCAGUUUGGGAAUUUCCUGUGUAACAGCCAGAAGGAGAGACGAGAGCUGAAAAUCCAAGAGCGAACAUAUUCAUUGUGGGCUCACUUGUGGAAAAAUCGUGCUGAUUACCUGAAUCCUUUGUACAGAUCAGACCACAGUCAAACCCAAGGGACCCUGCGCCCACAGAUGGCUCCAUGCAACUUCUUGUACAAGUUCUGGAGUGGUAUGUACAACCGCUUUGAAAAGGGGCUGCAACCUCGACAGUCAGUUACUGAUUACCUGAUGGCAGUGAAGGAAGAAACUCAGCAGCUGGAAGAAGAGCUGGAAGUCUUAGGAGAGAGAUUGGCCAAUCUUCAGAAAUCACAAUUAAAUGACAAUAAAGUCAAGAGUAAGCAACAAGACCGAAGCAAACAAUUAGGGCUUUCUACUUCCAACAACAGCUUAGCUAACACUCCUCAGGAGUAUAGCAACGAUCUGAAAUCAUUCCCAUCCCGGAGCCCUUCACAAGGGGAUGAAGAAGAUUCAGCCUUGAUUUUGACACAGGACAACCUGAAAAGCUCUGAUCCUGACCUCUCAGCUAACAGUGAUCAGGAGUCUGGUGUGGAGGACUUGAGCUGUAGGUCCCCAAGUGGGGGUGGCUGCUUGCCUAGCGAAGACAGUGGCAAGGAUUCAGAUGAGGCUGUAUGUCUGGCCGUCUGAAAUACCUUCACAACAGCAAGGAUCCAGGUGAAGUUGUCUUUCGCAGUCUGGAAUGACAUCUUUUCAUCAGAUGAAGAAUGGGAAUGGUCUGUGGCCUAAAGAAAUAA